AUGUCGACUGAGUACGUUGAAGACAACAAGAACCCAGAUAAGUCAACCACAGUUGGCUCUAUCACCAAAAAAAUUCUUUCAGAUGACUCUUCCACCAACUCGGUAGACGACUAUGUCGCCAAGUUUUUGGACAUGUCAAAUGAAGCCAGAGAAAAUGAUAAUAAAGAAAAGAACAUGCCCCUCAAGGAAUGUUUGAGGACUUUCCCUAAGGCUGUUAUGUGGUCUAUCAUCCUUUCCACUGCUAUUGUUAUGGAAGGUUAUGAUACCAAUCUUUUGAACUCUUUGUUUGGUUUCCCAGCUUUCAACAAAAAGUUUGGUCACUUUGACGAAAGACUUGACAGAUACAUUAUUGAAGCAAGAUGGCAAACUGGUUUGAACAUGGCUUAUAACUGUGGAUGUGUUGUUGGUCUUACAAUUGCUGGUUUUUUUGCUGAUAUCUUUGGUUACAGGAAAACUUUGAUGACAGCUUUGGCUACUUCCGUCGGUUUGAUCUUUCUUCAAUUCUUUUCUCCAAAUAAGGAGGUCUUAUUGCUUGCUUACGUUCUUUUGGGUAUUAACUGGGGAUCUUAUCAGACUUUAACUGUCACAUACGCUUCUGAAGUUGCACCAACAACUUUACGUGUGUAUCUUACUACUUAUGUUAAUGUGUGUUGGGUGUUUGGUCAGUUAAUCUCUUCUGGUGUCAUCAAGGGAGUUAGUAGUAUAAAUGACAACCCUAACUCUUACAGAAUUCCGUUUGCGGUUCAAUGGGUGUGGCCCAUCCCAUUAUUUAUUGGUGUCUACUUAGCUCCUGAAUCCCCCUGGUUUUUGGUCAAGAGAGGUAGAAACCAGGACGCCAAGAACUCUUUGAAGCGUCUCUUAUCUGAAAAUCCUAAUUUACCUGACAAGGACGCAUUGGCUCAAGCUAUGUUGACCAAGAUUCAAAUGACUGUACAAGAGGAGGACUCAGACGACCAAGGUUCAUUCAGAGAAUGUUUCAGGGGUACCAAUUUCAGAAGAACCAGAGUCGCUGCUAUGGCUUGGAUGUUGCAAAGUAUUACCGGUUCAUGUUUGAUUGGUUACUCUACUAUUUUCUAUCAGCAAGCUGGUUUAGCUGUUAGUAUGUCUUUCAACUUCUCGAUCAUCCAAUACUGUUUAGGUAUUAUUGGUACAGUCGGAUCCUGGUUUCUUGCUCAGAGAGUAGGUAGAUUCAAAAUCUACUUCUAUGGUCUUUGUGCAAUGUUUGUUAUCUUAAUUAUUGUUGGUGGUUUAGGUGUUUCCAAUUCCAACGGUGCUAAGUGGGGUAUUGGUACGCUCUUGUUGAUUUUCAACUUUGUAUACGAUUUGACAAUUGGUCCAAUGGCUUACUGUAUCGUUGCCGAAAUUCCUUCUUCCAAGUUACGUACAAAGACAGUCAUGCUUUCCAGAAAUUUGUACAACGUUGCCAACAUUAUCGUUGGUAUUGUCACUCCAUACAUGUUAAGUCCUACUGCUUGGAACUGGAGAGCAAAGACUGGUUUCUUCUGGGCUGGUUUCGCACUUCUUGGUUGUGUCUGGGUUUGGUUUGAAUUGCCUGAAACCAAGGACAGAACAUAUGCUGAAUUGGAUGUCUUGUUCCAGGACGGUGUUAAGGCUAGAGAUUUCAAGCACACCGAAGUUGAAGUUUUCGAUGCCGGUAAGUUGAUGGAAAAGUUCGGUGAAAAUGGAAUCAAACAUUUUGUAGAACAUGUUGACAACAAGGAUGACAACAACGAAAUCUUUGAAAAAGCUUAA